GUCGAACUUUUCCAAACUUUAGAAAAACCUCAGAAACCAUUACAAUGAAGUGCAACCAGUUAGACUAUUUAAACAUUUUUAGAUUUCUGAUUUUUCAUUCAAAAUCUUAACCCGCCAAGCUUGAAAUACAAGUGUCCUCACUUAUGCAUGUUAUAAAUAAUGUUUUCGUCAAAAUCAAAUUAUGUUUGCACAUGAGUUGUAAUUGAUGUUCUGUUUCUAACAUCAAUUCUCAAAGUAAAACAAAAAUUAUAACUCCAUCGAACAAGUUUUGAUACCAAAAUUAAAUUUAAGAAGAGUGAAUCCACUCGGAUAAUAGGAAGAUCAGGCUGGGUAGAACAAGUUUUGACACCAAAAUUAAAUUUAGGAAGAGUGAAUCCACUAGAAUAAUCGGAAGAUCAGGCUGAGUCAUUACUAAAAUAUUCUUCAUCUUCUCAUAAAAUAAUCGGAUGAAUUGAGUUGCAGAUGUGAUUGCGUAUGGACAACGGAAUUCCCAUCCCUUAUUUGUCGCAGACUCGCAAACACGUGUAAACCAGCUUUUACUCCCCAAAAUCUCCAUUAUGCCCUCAUACCUGCAACACAGUUGCAACUCUUUCUUCUUAAGUGGGACUUCAAAAUCAAUCCCCAUCUCCAACCUACACUCAACUCUCUCUCUCUCUCUCUCUCUCUCACACACACACACACACACACACACUCUUUCUAUCAUUUCAACUCUGAAACCCAAACCCAUCUCCCCGGAAAUAUGGCGAAUGAAAAUAUUGCCCUUCAAGUUUUCUGUGUCGGAACGGCUGAUACAAAGCUUGAGGAGCUCCGAUUCCUCUCCGAGUCCGUUCGAUCCAAUCUUAACACCUUCUCGGACAAAGAAUCUUCUUUCAAGGUCCAGGUGACAGUUGUUGAUGUUUCUGCCAGUCCGAAGGAAACAGAGAGCUGUGGUGAUUUCAAGUUUGUUUCAAGAAAGGAUGUUCUCUCUUGCUAUUUCAAAUCAGAGGAGCAAUCUCCAACCAUGCUUCCAGGUGAUAGGGGCGAAGCUAUGGCUAUAAUGAGUAAAGCAAUAGAAAAUUUCCUCCUAAAAGCCCACGGGGAUGGUGUUGUCGCUGGAGCUAUUGGGCUUGGGGGCAGCGGAGGAACGUCUCUGCUAUCAUCUGCCUUCAGAUGUCUUCCAUUUGGAAUGCCCAAGCUCAUUGUAUCAACCGUAGCUAGUGGUCAGACUGAACCUUAUGUUGGGACAUCGGAUUUGAUUUUGUUUCCAUCGGUUGUGGAUGUCUGUGGCAUUAACAAUGUGAGUAGGGUCGUAUUAUCUAAUGCCGGAGCUGCUUUUGCUGGAAUGGUUGUUGGAAGGCUCAAAAGGUUAAGGGAUUCCCGUGAUUAUGACAAGAAGUUUACUGUUGGUAUGACCAUGUUUGGUGUUACAACUCCAUGUGUAAAUGCUGUAAAAGAAAGAUUGCUUGAAGAAGGCUAUGAGACCCUGGUUUUCCAUGCCACAGGGGUAGGGGGUAGGGCUAUGGAGGAUCUGGUUAAAGGGGGAUUAAUACAGGGAGUUUUGGACAUUACAACAACAGAGGUUGCAGAUUAUGUAGUUGGAGGGGUCAUGGCUUGUGAGAGCACUCGCUUUGAUGCUAUUAUAGAGAAGAAGAUCCCUUUAGUUUUGAGUGUGGGAGCCUUGGAUAUGGUGAAUUUUGGAGCCAGAGGCACCAUACCUUCUAAUUUUCAACACCGAAAGAUUCAUGAACAUAAUAAGCAGGUUUCAUUGAUGCGAACUACAGUGGAUGAGAACAAGAAAUUUUCUGACUUCAUUGCAAACAAACUGAACCGGUCAUCAUCAAAGAUAUGUGUUUGCUUGCCAGAGAAAGGAAUCUCUGCCCUGGAUGCCCCAGGGAAGCCUUUCUAUGAUCCUGAGGCUACUGGUAGUCUUAUAGGUGAAUUACAGAGGCUUAUUCAGACGGAUGAAGACCGGCAGGUCAAGGUGUAUCCCUAUCAUAUUAAUGACCCUGAGUUUGCGAACAAAUUGGUUGACUCAUUUUUAGAGAUAUGUAAGAAUUCUAAAGGUGCAAUUGGUCAGCAAGAUUUUUGUGAAUCCAAUCAAGACCUUCAAAAGGAUUCUGUUUCCAAGAUAAAUUCAUCAGGCUAUGGGACAAUUUCUUACAGCCCGAAUGAUUUCCCUGAUGCAAAACCAGAAACCCUGCAGAGAACUUGGGGAGUGCUGCAAAAACUGAAAGAUCAGGUGCGUAAGGGCAAGCCCAUUAUUGGGGCUGGUGCUGGAACAGGUAUAUCUGCGAAGUUUGAGGAAGCUGGUGGUGUUGAUCUGAUAGUCUUGUACAACUCAGGGCGCUUCCGAAUGGCAGGAAGGGGUUCCUUAGCAGGUCUAUUACCUUUCGCUGAUGCGAAUGCAAUAGUACUUGAGAUGGUCAAUGAAGUGUUGCCUGUAGUGAAAGAAGUACCAGUUCUCGCUGGAGUAUGUGCAACUGAUCCUUUUCGCCGAAUGGAUUACUUUUUACAACAGUUGGAGUCAAUCGGAUUCUUUGGGGUGCAGAACUUUCCAACAGUCGGUCUCUUUGAUGGUAAUUUUAGACAAAAUCUGGAAGAGACAGGAAUGGGAUAUGGCUUGGAGGUUGAGAUGAUUAGAAAAGCUCAUAAAAUGGGUCUCUUAACGACUCCUUAUGCUUUCAACCAAAAUGAAGCCGUUGACAUGGCAAAAGCUGGUGCUGAUAUCAUAGUAGCCCACAUGGGGCUCACCACAUCUGGGUCAAUUGGUGCAAAAACAGCUGUCUCAAUUGAGGAAAGUGUAGUUCGUGUUCAGGCUAUUGCAGAUGCUGCACAUAAGAUCAAUCCCGAGACCAUUGUGCUGUGCCAUGGAGGUCCUAUAUCCGGUCCAGAAGAGGCAGAAUUCGUACUGAAGAGGACCAAAGGAGUUCAUGGGUUCUAUGGUGCUUCGAGCUUGGAGAGGCUACCGGUUGAACAAGCUAUAACAGCGACAGUCCAACAGUACAAAUCGAUUUCUUUGAAGUAAAAACAAUGGUGGAUUUUGUCCUUCGUAAAGCCAGAUGCUAUCACUAACACAGGAGUUUCACGAUGUUGUUAGCUGGAAAUCAGAAAAUUUAGAGUUACCAGAUAUUCUAGGAACAUUGUGGCUCUGUUUGCUUUUUGGGUGAAGUAGACCAUGAUCAAAUCUACUGUUAUUUUCACGUUUGAGAGUGUUGUCGUCUGUUUCAGCGGUUUAACGCUUGAUCAUCAGUGUCAUUGGUAGAGCACCCAUUUCGUGAAAUAUAAAGGUUAGGUAUGUCCCGAUUUCUCCCUUUCUCUACUAGAAUCAUAAAAUUGUGUUGCUCUAAAACUUGCUUGUAAAUUUUUUCAUAGUAACCAAAUAUAUGCAAUAAUAUUCAUUUACUUGCAUUCACUUCAUUUUCCACCCUUUUCUUUUCCUCCUUUAAUCAAGCGGGAAAUGUCUCUACUUGGCACUCUGUAUUUGCCAUCUU